AUGGCGACCGUACGGAUUUGUCUUUGCGGUGACGACGGCGUCGGCAAGAGCUCCAUCAUAACGUCUCUUGUCAAGGACGUCUUCGUCACAGCCAAAAUCCAGCCCGUCCUGCCACAGGUGACGCUCCCGCCCACGCUUGGGACGCCCGACAAUGUCACCACCACCAUCGUCGAUACCUCCGCCCUCCCCCACGAACGACACACCCUCCGCACAGAGCUCCGAAAGUCGAACGUAAUACUCCUCGUAUACUCAGACCACUACAGCUAUGAGCGGGUGGCGCUGUUCUGGAUGCCCUACUUCCGCUCCUUAGGCGUCAACGUGCCGGUGGUGCUGUGCGCGAACAAGUCCGACAUAGCCUCGAAUGGCACAACAUCCCAAGUCGUGUCGGAGGAGAUGCUGCCCGUCAUGAACGAGUUCAAGGAGAUCGAUUCCUGCAUCCGCACCAGCGCCAAGGACCACCACAACAUCAAUGAGGUCUUCUUUCUCUGCCAAAAGGCCGUCACACACCCGAUAGCCCCGCUAUACGAUUCCAAAGAGAACGCACUCAAGCCCGCAGCCGUGUCUGCACUGCAACGCGUCUUCCACCUAUGCGACACAGACAAAGAUGGGUACUGGAACGAUCAGGAGAUCCACGAUUUCCAGAUCAAGUGCUUCGAGAAACCGUUGGGGGACGACGACUUGAUGAACAUAAAGAGGUCGAUGGAGCGCUUUGCUCCUGGUCUAACUGGCGAGCAUGGCAUGGACGAGAAGGGGUUCCUACUUCUGAACAAGAUCUUUGCGGAGAAGGGGCGGCACGAAACCAUCUGGAUCAUACUGCGGAAGUUCCACUACACCGACAGUCUCAGUCUCCAGGACACGUUCCUCCACCCCAAGUUCGACGUUCCUCAGUUCUCCUCCGCCGAACUCAGCCCGUCCGGCUACCGCUUCUUCGUCGAUCUGUUCCUGAAGUUUGAUAUGGACAAUGACGGAGGACUGAACGACAGAGAACUCGCGAAUCUAUUCGCACCGACCCCCGGCAUGCCGACAUCGUGGGUGGACUCGUCGUUCCCAUCAUGUACAGUGCGCAACGAAGCCGGAUACAUCACACUACAAGGUUGGCUCGCGCAAUGGAGCAUGACUACCUUUGAAGAGCCUAAGACGACUCUAGCGUACCUGGCAUACCUCGGAUUUGAGAGCGGCGAGCGCGGAGGGACAACCAGCGCACUCAAGGUGACCAAAGCUAGGAAGCGGCGGAAGAAGCCUGGCCGCGUCGAGCGCAACGUCUUCCUAUGCUAUGUCAUAGGGUCGAGCGGGAGUGGAAAGAGCUCGUUGCUGUCUGCCUUCCUCCAGCGACCGUUCAGUCACACCUACCAUCCCACGAUAAAACCGCGUUCGGCAGUCAACAGCGUGGAAUUGAAAGGUGGCAAGCAAUGCUAUCUGAUCCUAGAGGAGCUCGGUGAACUCGAACCCGCGAUUUUAGAGAACCAGGCCAAGCUAGACGCGUGCGAUCUGUUGUGUUAUACGUACGACUCGAGCGACCCCACGAGCUUUGCGCAUGUUGUCGAGCUGCGGAAGAAGUACCCCCAUCUCGACCAACUACCAGCGGUCUACACAGCCCUGAAGGCAGACCAGGACAAGACGAUGCAGCGAUGCGAGCAGCAGCCCGACGAGUACACCAGCGCCCUGAGAAUGGCACCGCCACUGCACGUCAGCACGACGUGGAACAGCAUAUCGGAGCUGUUUGUUCACCUGGCUGAAAGCGCCACCCACCCCUCGACAGCCUUCCCCAAGCAGGAAGAGGACGGCUACGAUUAUCUCAAUCUUUACCUAGCGCUCGGAGCCGUCACGUGCGCAGUGGCCUCGGCGAUGUUUGUCUGGAGACGCAGCAGCGCAUCGACCUGA